ACGGCGCGUGGUUUGUGCGUCAUUGCCGUCGCGCCGCACUCCAGCAGCGGCGCUGUCCUCACAGGCAUGUUCAAGGUAAAGCAAUUGAUGGCUGCUCCUGCUAGCUUAAGCUUCCUUGCUGUACAAGUUUAUGCUGCUGCUCCUGAGAAAGAUGCAUCUAAAAAGAACUUACUGAAAGUUGAUGAGCUUUCACUCUAUACUAGUCCAUCACCAAAAUCAAAGUAUGUGGAAGAUACACAUACACAGUUGGAGGAAGGUAUCAGUUAUGUGCGGCAAUCUUUGGAGCCAUACACAGCCUGGUUUCAGGGUUUUUCUGACAAAGCCAUGCCCAAAAUAGAAAAAGCAGCUGAAUAUGGCAGAGAAGGCUACGAACUUCUCAAAACCCCACCUCCAGGAUUUUAUCCAAGGCUUGGUGUCAUAGGUUUUGCUGGUAUUGUUGGCUUGUUUCUGGCUAGAGGUUCCAAAAUAAAGAGGUUGGUGUAUCCAGCAAGCUUCAUGGGGAUUGGUGCCGCUCUCUACUACCCGCAGCAAGCCAUUAUCCUUGCCAAGGUAACUGGUUCUCAGAUGUAUGACUGGAGUCUGCAAGCCUACAUAAAUAUAGAAUCUCUCUGGAAAGAUCCUCCCAAAAAGAAAAAAUCUGCAAAAGCCAGUGACAAGGGUGAUGCAGAUAGUGACAAAACAGCAAAAGUACAAGAAGAAAAAGCAAUAAAAUAGAAUUGUCUAUGGCUUCUCAAUGAAGAGGUGGAUUGAGAGCCUGCAGGAGAUCAACAGUUUUCUAAAAAAAGAACAGAUUCUGUGUUGACUAUGAGUACAUUUUGUCUGUGGUUUGGCUCAACAAGAACACGACAUACAAUCUGUCUGAAAGCAUCGUAUCUGGAUCUAAAGGGUCACAGUCCUGUUAUUUGCCAGCUUUGGACUUUAGGUCAGAGUUCAGCAAGAUUACUCAUAGAUUUUGUCAGGACCUCAGUCUAUGUCUGCAACCCUGAGCCCUGCUUACAAGGAAGUACUGGACUUAAUGGGACUUAAUUCUAAAUAAUUGCUUGUAACUGUCCUGCAAGUUGAGUCUCGGAACUCCUCUGUCUGUUGUUACUAUUUAUAGGCUUAAUUAAAAUGAAUGCCUGAUUUCCCCCUUA